GUUAUUACCACUUCCCUUAUCAAAAUUAUUAGCGCCACCCUUAUCACGUUAUUACCGCCACACUUUAAAAACGUUUCAUUAAUAAAUGAUCGCAAUAAAUUUAUAUGCGUUCUGAAAUAAUAUUAUCUCCCUCCAUUAAUAGUUGUUAUAUAUACGUUAUUAUUUUGGUAUAAAAACUAUAGUUUCUUUUAAUAAAAUUCAGUAAUUUUUGAUUUGUAAUCGGUGAAGUUUGUAAAAUAACGUAAUCAACGUGAGGAUAAUUUAAAGACUAUCAUCCACAGAUAAAAAUGAGUAUGAUAAAUAAAGAUUGGUUGAAUGGUAUGAAAAAUAAACGUAGAAUGUGUGUGUCUGAUCUUAAAAUAGGAGUAGAAUACAAGGUUCUGGGACUGUACGUGAUAAAAUCAAAAUACUCGAAUGAGACUUCAGUGGCUGAAGUAAAACUUGAUAAUGAACCGUCAUUUCAAGUUUAUUUACCCGCAAGAUUUACAUUCACUCGUGAAGAUUUAAACAAAGGAAUCGAUGAAAAUCUCAAACUUGUAUGCAACGGAAGAAAAGAUCACACCUCUAGUUACGAUAUAAUGUUCUUAUAACUAAUUAUUUUUUAAUAGAAAUAUGUGUUAAAAUAAAUAUUGUAUUUUUAAAAAAAAAUGAAAUAAUUAUAUGUACAAUUAAAUGAUUAAUAAAUUACUCUCGUAAUUUAAUUUAAAGAAACGCGUGUUUUAUUUACUGGAAAAAAUCCUGAUUAUGCUGUGAAUAAAUUACGUGAGAAAUCUUUAGAAAUUAAAAUCUCAAGAUUAUAAAUUGCAACAUAUUGUCUGGAAAUAUAAGAUUGUAAAAUAAAAUGCAUCAUCUAGUAUACAAAAAAGGUUGUAAAAUAAAAUACAAUUGUAUCAUUUAAACAUAUUGCAACAUCGAAUAAGUAAAAUUCUGCGAAAACGAUCGGCAACUAGGAUGGUGAGUUGGAUGGUUGUGAUUAAUCAGGUGAAAAAGUCGAAUAAGAAAAAUUCCGAGAAAACCAUCGGCGUCUAGGGAUAGUAGUAAAAAUUGCUAACAUUUGCAAAAAUAUAACAAUUAAAACCAGGAAAAAUGUCCUGUACCGGUUUAAUAGUGAUUUGGUUGUUGUUUCGAUAUCAUCCAGUGUUUUUAGUUAUCAGAUAUCAUCAACAUGAGUUUCACAUGUAGUGUUUGUUGUAAAACUUUUAAUUUUUCAAAGGAUUUAAAACGUCAUGCCGAUACUGUACAUAAAAAUGAUUUUUAUGAUUGUGUUUUAUGUGAUAAAAAAUUCUCGAGAAAAGAUAACGUUAAAAGACAUGUUCAACGAGUACAUUUUCUGAAAGGUGAUGUUCAGAGUAUAGUAAAUUACGGUGCAAGUACUUCUAAACACUACCAAGAAAAUAAUAGUAGAAUCGAUUGUAUGAAUCAUAUGGAAAACGAAAAGAAAAUCAAGAAUGAUGAAAACAAUUUUUUCAAUAACAGUGACGAUGAACUCUUAAAAGAAUUCAUUAGAAAAAAAAAUAUGAAGACGGGUAAUAAUUUUUCUGACGGUAAAGACAGUGACGACGAUUUUUUACUUGAAACUGCUAAAAAAAUUGAUCCGACACCAACAGAUGUAGAAAUAGUGAAUGUAUAUCCUGGGGAUAGUAAAAACUGGAUCGAGCGAUUUUCAGAAGAUAUUGAAUUUGAAGAUGUAUGCGUAGAAAAUGAAAUGACUGGUACAGGUAUUCCACACGCGCAGCAAACUAAACAAUCGAUACCGAAUAGUAAGAAAAUCAACUUGAUAAUAAUUUUAAAAAUUAUUUUUCAUUUACAGAUGAUUAUGCAAAAAAAUCGCGUGCGAGAGUAAUAGAAUCAGUUUUUUCGGGCAAUAUAGUUGUACAUAGAAUUGAAAACAUAGAUCCGUUUACUAUCCCCGAAUUCAUUCAACGAUAUGCGUCGGACAUUGAAGAUGUGUGGAAGAAUUCAAUUAAAAAACAUAUUGCGGUAAAGACUUCUUUAGAUUUAGUUACAGUUUAUAAAAAAAUAAUUAAUGUCAAUAGUAGUGCUAAUGUAGAAGUACCCACAAUUAC